GUUAUAGGUUGGAGCUGUGGAAGAUGGCAAUAACUAAUAACUCUGUUUGGAUAAUUAUUUUAUUUAUAAUCUCGAAGCAAAUUCACGGCAUGACUGGAGUUGAACAUACAAACGCAUAUGAUGCAUGCCGCUCAGAAGUGCAAAUUACGGAAGAGGAAAUUAUUGCAGCUGGAAUUUUAGAAGCCGAAUUAAAUGAAAAUUCUUUAUGUUACAUAUCUUGUAUAUUGAGAAAAGUUAAAGUAAUAGAAAACUAUAAAGUGAAUGUGCCGUUUAUGUUAGCAGCUUUCAAAGAUCAGUUGUCCAAAAAUGAAAUGGAUACUGCUAAUUACAUCUUUAAUCUUUGCGCUUUUAAUGUCGUUAUAACAGAUGCUUGUGACGGUCCUGUGAAGUUUCUCAGAUGUUGUCAAUAUGCAAUGUUAAGAACUAAAUCGUUGUCAAAAUUACUACAGUAAUGUUUUGGUGCGAGUACUAAAGUAGUCGCCAGUGCCCCAGUAUUUAUUUAUAAUACUGUUG